AUGGCUUUUAGAAGACAGAUUACUAGGCUCACAAUCCACUGUAACAGAUGUCGCAUGGAGCUUGCUAAAAGAGAGAUGCUUAUGCUGGCCACAAUUCCACCGUCACAUCUACACCUUGCUGUGAGACAAGAAAGAGAAGAAGACGCAUUUGAAAAGCUCAACAAGGUGGAAAAUCCAAAGGGUGGAAAAAGCGCUCAAUAUUGUCCUUACAUAGUUUUUUGCCGACAGUGUGGAAUGCACGUGGGUAAUGUUACGAUAUUAUCGUCAAAACAGUUUGUCUGCUAUAAAAUAGACAACAUAUACCUUGUAAACAACGGUGAAGAGAUUCGAGCGAAGAAACUGUCCAAAAUACGUUCAAGACUUGAAGAGGAGUGUUGCAUUGAAGUUGUAAAUGUGUCUUCUGCAAUAUGUCAGUUCCAGCUCCAACCAAGCGAGCCAAUGAUUUACUGCGACACCUGGGGGUUUUCACACACAUCUCAAGAAAUCGCUUUUUUAACCCAACAGUGUCCGCGGGACUAUCAGCGGGAACUAUUUCUCUCCGUCAUGCGCAGAAACACCCUGGUCUGCUUACCCACGGGUUCGGGAAAAACCUUGGUGGCAGCGAUGGCACUGAGUUGUAUGAAGAAACUCAACCCAAACAAGUUAAUGGUGUUCCUCGUUGACCGAGUCCCACUGGUUUACCAACAGAGUGAAUAUAUCAAGUCUCAGGUGCCCGAGUUAAGAGUGAGAACGCUGGUCGGUGAAAUGGAACCGCCACAGGAGAAAGCCGUCCAUCAAGCGUUAGCAGAUCAGGAAGUUGAUGUUUUGGUCCUAACACAUCAGAUUUUUCUAAAUUUUUUGGCUAUGGAGAAAAACCCGAUCAUUCGUUUAUCUGAUAUAUCAGUCUUGGUUUUCGACGAGGCACACCAUUGCCGGGGAAGACACCAGUAUAAUCAGAUCAUGGAAUACUAUCACGUUACACCAAACAAGUUUAAACCUAUUGUUCUGGGUUUAACGGCGUCACCAGCUGGAGAAGUAACAGUUGAAAGGACCACAGAUCGACUUAAAGAAUUGCUUGAUAACCUCAGCUGUGAAGUUUCUACCCCCAUUGAGUCAAACGACCUUGCAGAAAAUGUAAACAACCCAGAUACAUUGUACUGCGCAGUGCCUGAAACGAACACUCGCCAAGUUGUCCUCCUGCAAAUAAUUCAAGAGCAUAUUCAGUACAUGAAGACCACAUAUUUAGACGACGCACAUAGGUGGCAACGGUUUGCUGGGUUCCCUUUGUUUUCGUCUAAUUUUAGAGGAGCACUAAGACGACUGAAUGACAGUUGUUAUGGUGACAAGAGCAAAACCAAAGCAGUUAUAGCUGGUGAACAUAUAAUGCAGAUGCUUAGUAUUGUAGAUGUCUGCGAGGUUCUUGGCUGUAAGCGUGCAAUGGAAUGCCUCAGAGAAUGUGUGCAUAACAUCACCCAUGAACUUUCUCCAAAGGGCAGUGCUUUGUCGAAGAUGGUUAGAGAAGACGCGACUUUUCGAGAUCUUCGAGGAUUAGCGGACAGUUCGGUUGACGAAGAGUCACCAAUAUCGGACCGGUACAAUAUCCUUGUGGCGCACAUUAAGCAAUUUGUGUGCCAAGUGCAACAGGAUGUAAGUUCAAGGGGUAUUGUUUUUGUUAGCAUGCGCAAAACAGCUUAUAAGCUGUGUGAGCAGAUCAGAAUGCUUCCCGAGGUGCCUGAAACGUUGAACCCGAAAGUUUUUGUGGGCCACGGUCAGGGAAGUUAUGACGGGAUGGCUUGGGCUGAUGAACAAAAAGUGCUGUUAGAAUGCUUUAAAACAGGCCAGAUAAAACUGCUUAUCAGCACCAGUGUUCUGGAGGAAGGCCUUGAUGUGCCUGAAUGUAACUUGGUCAUCCGAUUUGAAGGGGCGGCUACAUUGCGAGCACUCGUUCAAACAAGAGGGCGUGCGUCUCGUCGCCCUGGCAGCAAGUUUGUAGUGAUUUGUAAUGAAAGGCAAAAACAAGAAGCUGAGGAUGUAGUUCUGAAAGAAAGGUACAUGGAGGAAGCGAUAAGACAUCUCAUGGAGACCAACAGGCAAAAAUUGCAGUCAGAAGAUUUUGGAUGUAAAGUGAAACGUCUCGAUUCUUUUGUCCCCACAAGUGAUGAGACCGUUGAAGUUGCAAACAAGAAGUAUAAUCCGCAAGUAAGUAUUUCAGUGCACCAUCUUGGAACUCUAAAGCAUCAACAACACGUUGUAGAAUUUUUGGAACAAAAGUUUGAAGUUAUGGCAAUGAAAACAAGCACGCCUUCCUCAUCGGGCAGUGAAGGAAGCAGAAGGAAGGUUUUAAGGUUUGACCUGCAGCCUAACGAAGACGGAAAUUGUAAAGAAUUCAGAUCCAAGGAAGGUUUCAUCUGUCAUGUGACAGAGGAGUGGUGUUCGUACCUGACGAAACCUGAAGAGGAGCCACUUCCAGUUUGGCUCAAGGCAUCGUUCACCAAGAAACGUCACAAGGCAGAAGACACUUUUCAUUCGCUGAGGGCAAAUUCUUUGUUUCUCGGAACGUUCCUCACUCGGUGUCAUUUUCGAUAUCAGUGGCCCUCGGAACCCACCCUGAAGAACGUUCUGAUUUACUUUGAUCACAGUCUCAAGACAUUGACGAUAGGAUUUAAGGCUUAUAAGCUGGAACUCCGAUAUGAAGAACUUGAAGACUUUAUAAUCGUCAACAGUGACGUGGCGUCUGGUGUAAUCAAAUUGUUUCUUACCAUAAAGCACCCACCUCGACUGUUCCAAUCUGUUGAUCACCCUUUUCUGGACGUUGGUGGUGACAACGAGCAGGGCCCACAUGAAAAUGACGAUAACAACUUUCUCCAAGUUGAUGUUGAUGACAUAUGUAGUGAAUUGUCGGAUGACGGGACUGAAUCAGAAUCCAACACUUUUUCGACUGAUGAAGAGUACCCAGAUCCAAACAUGAACCCUCCCUUACGUCGCAAAAACAAAUUUGACAAGAUUGCCUGGGAAAGAGUUCCUGAUAUCUUGAACAGCGAAAAAGCUUGGGCCCAUUGCUAUACGUACUGUUUUGUACUACCUUGCAAUGAAUCUUCCCAGAUCAUUCACUUGUUGUCCAGAAUCCAGAAUCGAUUCAACAAAAAGGCAUUUUAUUGUCGCGUGAAGGAGAGCUUUGGCAGGUUUCCAGUUACAGAUAUUCCCCCUAAUUUGCCAUUUGAUGUGAAGUAUGCGUCACAGAUGGUUAUUUCGCGGCAUCCAGUAAUGCGUGGAAAGAUGUCUUCGACGUUCACAGAACUUUUGCUAAACAAGCCUACCAGUGUAGUGUGCGCAGCACUUGAGCAGUUGAAAAAUGCUCUGGAACAAGAUUCAUUCUGUGAUCCCGAAAUGGCCUUCAAGACAUUUCUAGGCCAAAACAACCCUUCUGCUUCCGGGUUUCAAAACAGGCCCAUCCCAGGUCACUGUGCUCUAAUAAAACGUGCAGUCAUCACCCCAACAAGACUACUGCUGUACCCACCGGAAGUUAUGGUGAAAAAUCGCGUACUCAGACAGUACGAAACGGAGAGUUUCCUGUGUGUCAGUGUACGUGAUGAGGACCUUUCCAAACUCUCUGCAGGAGGAGGAAGCCUGAAUCCACUGCUAGACGGCAUUAACCGUAUCCUGGAUGAAGGACUGAACAUAGCUGCUCAACGGUUUCAGUUUUUGGGGUCAUCAAACAGUCAGCUCCGUAACCAUAGCUGCUGGUUUGUCGGGCCAAAGUUUGAACCAGACAUCAUACGAAGGUGGAUGGGAGACUUCAGUCAUAUCAAGUACGUCCGAGAUUUAUGUUGUGCUAAAAAUGUAUGAAGCGAUAAAACUGGGGCAUCAGAGGCAAUUAUGAAAACUAAGUAAGCCUAAAGCUGUUAAAAACGAUACAAUAGACGGCUUUAAUAGCCUGAUUAUUGGUUAAACAUUAGUUCAUUCUGAAUUUAAGCAAGACAGAGAAAUCGUCUAGUUGAGCCACUUUGUGUAAGGCUCUAUUCGAAAAAAACAGAUACGUAGCUGUUAUUUUGAAAGUUUCAAAAGGAAAUUCUAAGAGUUCGGCUUCGUUUCGAUUUCUUGUUCACUAGUCUGGGUGGAAUGGAGAAAAUGUAAUGCAACUUUAUCAACCAAAUUAUGCCUCCUAAAACUCUUUUGUCCCGAACCAUCGUCCCUGUCCCUUAUGCAAAUUAAGGCAUCUGAGCCUUUCUGGGUAUGUUUUUUGUUUCUCUUCAAUUCAAGGUGUGUGGCUUCAUACGUGGCUCGCAUGGGUCAGUGUUUUUCUACCUCUAUAGACUCCGUGGGCAUUGGUAUCAGCGAAGGUACCCUAAGCGAGGAAGAGGACGACGUCAAGACAGUUGACCAGAAAUACUGUUUUUCUGAUGGAAUUGGCAGAAUAUCCGAAGAACUUGCCGCAGAGGUAAGACUAUAAGUAGACAUUGCUCCAUGUACCCCUUAGAAGGUCUACCUCGCUUGUCAUCGUCUCUCGUACCAUGAGCGACAUAUUUGCUCCUUCAGCCUGGUGCAUGGUAGAAGGGGUGGCCCUUGUUUACCUGGAAACGGCGAAGCAGUUGUUUGAAGCUGUCAUUUUUUUAGGUUUGGUUUGACCCCACGUCUCUCCGCACGGUUUGUAUUUCGGGCUUAUUUCCUUAGGGUUUCUUUUUAAAAUCUAUUUAACUCAUACGUGAGUCAUCUAGAAAACGUUAAUUGUCUUCGGAACGUAUUUUAAGUAUUUUUGACCAUGCAACUUUAAAAAAUUAUAUCUCUGCUGUUAUUGACAGUUCCUUAUCAAACUAUACCUCAUUGGAAAGGGCAAAGAUCAAACUUGCUGAAAAAAAUAUUUCCGUCUCAGGGAACCCAUAAUAUUUCGCACAAAAAAUAUAAACAAGGCAUAUUUCUAGAAAAUUAUUUCUAAAAAAUUUUAAGAGUGUAAUUUUGCCAGAAAAGUUGUAUAUUUUAUGUGAUACAGUGCAAAUAAUUUUUUUUCUUCCUGGCACUUGGCACAUAAUUGGCUAAAUCUAUUAACUUCCUGUGGGCCAAAUUUUGAGGGAUUAGGAAGUAACACAAUUUUUUGCGAGUGUUGGUCGCGUGUUCGACCAAAACUGGUCGAAAUGUUGGUGUUCCGAUGACAAUGAGAGGUUGCAGAAAUUCUGCCCACCCGCACAUCAAUAAAAAAAAGAAGAGAGAGAAGGAAAAGCCAUCGUGACUUUCGUCAAAUAUUCAUCUUUUGUUUUUGUUUAUUGUAGGUUGUCCGGAAAAUCGCCAAGCCGUUCAAACCAUCUGCCUUUCAAAUUCGAUUUUCUGGCUGUAAAGGUGUCCUUGCAGUAGAUCCGAGACUUCCAGGCAAACAGGCCAUUUUCCGUCCAAGCAUGUGCAAAUUUGAGAGUUUCCAUCGCAGACUUGAAGUAUUGCAGACGUCUCGACCCCAGGUCGUUUAUCUCAACCACCAGGUGAUUAUGCUUCUUUCCAACCAGGGUGUGCCAGAUGAUGUUUUUGUUCGACUGCAGAGCAACAUGUUGGAGAAGCUAGCAGGUAAUUAUAUAUAAGCUGCUUCCAAAGAGAAAGGUGAAUAAUUAUACUCAAUAAGCGUAAUUUUAAAUGCGUUUUAACGAUGGUGAUUGUUACAACAUUAUUAAUAAUGAUUGAACAAUGCUGAGAUCUAAAGUCACGUUAAUCGCAAACGGCAAACUUUAAAUUCAAGUUGAACAUUUCUCAAAAGGGAAAAUUAGCAGAUAAAAACAGCUCAAAACAGUUCGUAUGGAUAAAACUGGCGACAACUGCUAUUUUUCUUGUAGAAGUAAUUAACAGCAAAGAACAGGAAAAGAGAAAAAUUUGGUCACGUGGUACAAAUUCACGUUUGCCGUUUGCCGUAAGCGUGACUCUUAACAGAGAGGUUAAGCAUCACGUUUACGUCAAACGGCAAACGCGAAUUUGUACCACGUGACCAAGUUUCUCCUUCACUUGUCGUUCACUGUUCACUACUUCUACACAUAAAGUAGUUUAAUUCACGCAAUUUUUUAUCCAGAAGAAUUUUUGGAGUUGCGUUUAUCUGCUCAUUUUCUAUUUUGAGAAAUUCUCAACUUGAAUCUGGCGUUUGUCGUUAGCCGUGUACUUGAAGCUUUAACUCUCUAAUCUCGCUCCUGACUGUAUCCGUGAAAAGAAGUCCUUUUUGUCGUAAUUUUCUUACAGGAAUGCUGGUUAAUGAAAAUGACGCUAUCGAGAUGCUAAUUACUGGAGCCAAAACAGGCGUGUCUUAUAAAAGUUUAUCAAGCUCGGGAAUACCGCUGACAACGGAGCCGUUCUUUAAAUCCCUGCUUGUUGCUAUGUAUAGAAAUCACAUCCACGAGCUACUCUCCCGAUCCCGAAUCCUUCUGCCACCAGAGGAGGCACGUUUGAUGAUGGGUGUAAUGGACGAGCGUGGUGUACUAAAACCAGGACAGGUUUGUUGCUUUCUUUGCAACUUUUGUUGAGAUAUUUCUAGCAAGUGCGAGAAUUUAUUGCAUUUUCCUGAUUCAGUCAUACAGUCAAUUUAGAAAAAAUCUCGAUUUGCUUGAACAGGGGCCGCGAGGAAUCGGUAGGUAAUGAUGACGUUUCUAUUGUUUGCUUCCGCAAGUACGAAAUGGUUAGGAUGACGUUAAGACAGAAAUUCCCUAAGGGACCGCUUAGGUAGAUUUUGUGACAUUUAUAGUGCAGUCAGAGGUAAUGCAGUCAUACUUCGAUACUCUUUUGCGUUACGUGUUAUCAGUGACACUCUUUGGAGCAGUUGUUUUGAAAGUUAUGGACCAAAAGACACUCGUUAAGCGCAGAUGAAGUUAUAAGGUGCGUAUAACUGUGUGUAUAUAAAAACACUUGAAGAGUUUGCCAGACACUAGUUCACAAAUCUUUCUCUCUCUUUGACUGGAAUAAGACUCAAACCCAAACAAGCAAGACGAGUGAAAAACGGCUAGUUUAUCACAAGCAGAACGGUGGAUGAUUACAGAAAUUCGCCGACAAUCAAAUUCUGUGCUAACUUAUUCCCUGCUCACAGAUGUCCUUCCGCUAUAUGCUAUAAAGAUUAAACUAAGAAUAGAAUGCGCGAGCGUGAAUUGAUCAAACGUCCUUUUAAUUUCUAAGGCUUACUUUCCGGCAAAUAUGAAUGUAAAAAGUGAAAGAGAAAUAGCGAAAAAUUCAACUUCUAAUUAAAUCUUUUCCUUUGGUUUAGAAUGAACUGUUCUCGAAACUGAGAAUGUUUUGAUCAAAUUAAGCGGUGUAAAUCGAACUGAAACUGUACAUGGAACCUCGCAUUUCCUGUAUUAAUCUCACUUAUUGUAUGGAAUAUGUGUGAAAAUCUUCAUUAUGAAUCGGUAUAUUUCAAAGAGCUACGCAACGAGCAAGAAUACUAUUGACCGAUAAUAUACAGAGCGGGGGCAGCUGUAGUGUCAACUAUUACUAGUUUGAUAAAUAGAGGAUAUUACAUGGCCGCGCGGAGAUACGAAAUUUCUCUUCGAGUGUUAAGAAAUAUUUCACGAGUGCGCGCAGCGAACGAUGCGCGUGAGAUAUUUUUUCAACACGAGGAGAAAUUUCGUAUCUCCAAGCGGCCAUAUAAUGUUCUAUUUAUUGCCCCCGCAGUGAUUUCGCCCAGAAGGCGAAAUCCCGAGGAGGCACUCUAAUAACUCGCGUGUAUAUUAAGUAAAGUACUUACAGUUGAAAUAUACAGUCAUACAGUCAAUAUAGAGAAAACUCUCGAUUUGCUUGAACAGGGGCCGCGAGGAAUCUGUAGGUAAUGGUGACGUUUCUAUUAUUUGCGCCCGCGAGUACGAAAUGGGUAGGAUGACGUAAAACAAAAAAUCUCGAAGGACCACUUACAAUAGGUAGAUUUUGUGACAUUAAUUGUGCAGUCAGGCAUCGAUACUCUUCUGCGUUAAGUGUUAUCAGUGACAUUCUGUGGAGCAGUUGUUAUGAAACUUAUGGACCAAAAGACACUCCUUAAGCGUAGAUGAAGUUAUAAGGUGCGUAUAACAGUGUAUAUUUUAACACCAAGUGAGUUUUGCCAGACACAAGUUCACAAGUCUUUGAUUGGAAACCUCGCCAGACAUUCUCUCUCUUUCUUUGACCGGAGUAAGACUCGGCCCCAAACAAGCAAGACAAGUGAAUGAAUCAACGACUAGCUUAUCACUAGCAGAACGAUGGACGAUUACAGAAAUUCGCCGAUCAUCAAAUUCUGUGCUGACUUAUUCCCUGCUCACAGAUGUCCUUCCGCUAUAAAGUUUAAAAUAAGACUAGAAUGCGCGAGCGUGAUUUGAUCAAACGUGCUUUUAAUUUCUAAGGCUUACUUUCCGGCAAAUAUAGUGAACUAAAUGUAAAAAUUGAAAUUGAAAUAGCGAAAAAUUAAACUUCUAAUUUAUUUUCUCAAGGUUUAGAACAAACUAUUCUCGAAACUGAGAAUGUUUUGAUCAAAGCUGUGUAAAUCGAACCGAAACUGUGCAUGGAACCUUGCGUUUCCUGAAUUUAUCUCACCUAUAAUUGUAUGGAAUAUGUGUGAAUAUCUUCAUUAUGAAAUCGGUAUAUUUCAAAGAGCUACACAACGAGCAAGAAUACUAUUGCCCGACAAUAUACAGAGCGGGGGCAGCUGUAGUGUCAACUAUUACUAGUUAUAUAAACACCAAUGAACUACCAAUCCAUUUCACUUUAAUAGUUUUUUGGUGUCAAAGGCAAGAUUUAUUAUGUAUAGCCGUAGCAAAGGUGAUAUUUUCACAUGUGAAGAUAACAUGUUAUUUUCACAUGUGAAGAUAUCAAGUUUUCGCGCGAAAGCUCACCUGGUAUUUCAUUGGUGUUUAUAUAAUAAUAAGCUUCAUGUAUCAACAGAACUCACACGUAUUUCAACGUAUAUUUAUUAAAUUAGGUUUACGUGCAGUAUUCUGAAAUUUCCACUGGUGUAGACCGCGAGGACCAGUUCGACAUGAGGAAGAAACGUGUUGUUACGGGCCCUUUAGUAGUGACUAGGAAUCCAUGCCUGCAUCCAGGAGAUGUUCGCCAACUUGAGGCUGUUGACUUCCUCGAACUUAGCCAUCUAGUGGACUGUGUGGUUUUCCCUCGAUGUGGAGCAAGACCUCACUGUAAUGAAAUGGCAGGUAGGGAUUGUGGGUCAAAAGUAGUAGCAGGGAUGUGGGGACGGGGUUGUUUUUUUUUUUAAAGAAUGGAAGUUCUUCCAUCUUUCGUUACUCUUCCCUUGAGUAUUUCUUCAUACUGAGACAGUGUGUUUGAAGCCUCCCCGAAAAAAAGUUUGUUGGUAGUAAUUACGGACCCUUUACUGCCCCAAGGCAUCUAUUGUUCCGUCUCCGCACAAGUUCGCUUCAUUUUUGUCCCUUUUGCACGUUAACUAAAAAAUUGCGGCUACUAAAUGAAAACUUACAGCAUAAAACCUGAAAAAGGUCAUUUUCGUAAAAGGAUCGGUGCGAACUACUCAAGACAUUUUUGGCCUAUAAGCAGCCAAGACGUCGUAUAUGAGAUCUUCGAGUACCAGCUUUGGUCGAAAUUGGACUGAGUGGUUUACAUAAAGUUUAAUCGUUGUGUUUCUGGUCUUUUAUGGCGAUAAAUAUAUCAUUCCAAUACAGGCAGAUUAUUUGGAGCAAAUGUCACCUUGUUGAGGAUACUAUUUUGAUCAGUUCUUUAAUUUGUUUUAUUAAAAACAAUCAACGAAAAAAAAAGUAAUAAGUAUUUUGAUCGCAAGGUACAUGUCAGGGUUAAAAAGAGUGCUCAUUCCAAUUUUAGGUGGUGAUUUGGAUGGGGAUCUCUACUUCGUGUGUUGGAACAAAGACUUGUUACUAAGGAAACCAAAUUUCCCCCCAAUGGAUUACCAAGCCCUGGAGAAGCAGCAACAAACAGAACCAAUCACAGCCGCCGAUAUGACUAAGUUUGUGGUCAACUACAUUCGGUGUGAUCAGUUAGGAGUGAUUGACAACGUUCAUAAAGCGUUAGCAGACCGGGAAAAUGAUGGUGUUGAAUCUGAAGUUUGUCUACAUUUAGCAGAGAUACAUUCUUUAGCAGUGGAUGCGCCUAAAACAGGCAAGUGGCCCAAAAUGCAGGGCAUAGGGAAGAUUAAGGCAUGCCCUGAUUUUAUGAUGAAGCGUGAUAAGCCUAGUUACCCAUCAGACAAGGUUUUAGGAGAGCUCUACCGUCGCUGUCGAAAGUUUCAAGACGCAGCAUCUGAGAAGUUUAACCAGAAAAUGCGAAUCGACAAGUCUUUACUCCUGCAAGGUUACGAUAGGUAUAUUGAAGGAGCCAGAGAGUCAUACCAGAAGUACCGAGAAAAAAUGCGGGCUCUAAUGAGUUUAUACGGCAUUGAAUCGGAGGCCGAAGUAUUCACUGGAUGCUUUUUAAAGCUUCGAAAUCGCUUGAGUAAAGAGAAAACAGAGAUUGCAGAAAUUGUUGGCUGCAUCCUCUUCGAGAUGCGGUUGGAUUUCCGGACCCAGUUCUUCCACGAAUUCAAUGUGAAUGGUCAGCAUUUCUUGGAAAAUGAGGAUAUCACAGAUGAGAUGCUUCUCAAAGCUUCAGCCUGGUACAAUGUGGCCUACACCCAUGCUCAUGACCAGGCAAAUGAAUCAGAACCAGGUCACCAGAAGCGUUUGCUCGGUUUCCCAUGGUUUGUUAAUGACAUCAUGCUUGCUAUCAAAAACCUCAAACAACCGCCACACUUCUCCCAGAGCCUGAACGUUAAUACAACCGUAGGAGAGAGCUUGGCCAGACUGUUUAAAGAAGAAAAGACCUGGAUACUUGAACAGCUUUUAGAAAGAGAAGGAACCAAAAAGUCGAUUGCGCGGCAUCUAAAGGGCGUUAUACCACAACAUUCGAUGAUUGUGACUGGUCCCUCAGCCACGCUUCUAUUUCACGAAAAUUCAGACCUGGAUAUCUGCCUCUUACCACAGAGUACCCAGAAAUUGCAUGGUGUUCCUGUUAUUUCACAGGAAAUGUAUCACAAUACACCAUUCCUCUCGGGCCUUCUGGAAGAAUGUAACACGUCGCAACGGUCAUUUGAUCCAAUUGACUCAGCUGAAAAGCUUGCACAUCCCUCUAAAGUGAAUGACAUCCCUGUUAAAGACCAAGUGAAAUCACUCGAGAGGCUGAUACCACACCUAAAAGAGACUCAGGUGCAAAAAGGCGAACAUGGGUAUCCUAAACAUCUAUUUCAUAAAGUUCGCCUUGUCGGCAAAAAGACGUUUCCGGUAAGGAUACUCUUUCUGUUAUUACAAUCAAACAUUCCAUAAGCGAGCACUCUAAACACCCAGCCUAGCUGGUCACAGACACAGUCACCACAGUCACAAUGAGAUAAAGUCUGAAUAACCUUAUUUUGAAUUAUCUCAGCCUUUCUGGAAUCAGAUGUUCAGAUGUUAAGAAUUGGAAGCCGAAUAAUGCUACCGAAUUGAUAAAUCACUAACCAGGAGAUACCGGUUUUAGCUUCCCUAAGUCGUCCAUUUUUCGCUAUUAUCGUUAUGAACAAAGGGACUUGAUGUCUCCAGGUAAUGCUCUUAAGUAGAACAAAAUAUGUGUAAAUCUUUAAUCCUACUGGAGCUUCCUACAAAAUCCUAGCUACUGACUUACUUUUUAUUUUUAUUUUUUUAGGUCCUUGUUUGCAAGCAUCCCACAGGGAGCUUGUUAAAUGAAACCAAAUGCUCUCCCAAUCUCGUUUGCGAUUUGAUUGCUUCUCCAAACAGUUUGCCAAUUGCAGUUCUUUUGUCAAGCUACAUAAAGUCCUUUCCUCAUCUCUUGUUAGUUCUCCGUGUCAUUCACCGUUGGUGUUAUGUGACAGGCCUGUCAAGAAGCAAAGCUGGUGCUGGAAACACGUCGAAUCUAAUGGCCUCCGUGCUUCUAUUUCAGUGCAUGCGCAAGGGGCAAAUUCAAAAUUUCAACGAAGGUCACAUUUCCUCACAGAUAUGUAAACUUGUUCGAGGAGCGAUGACAGAAAGUGACAUGCACGUGGAAUGGGAAAAAGUAAUUCGCCUUCUUGGUGACGAUGCUGGUGAAAACGCAAAUAGCACACGCCUCCCAACUCCCAAACUUGGUGAAAUGCUCAUGAGGUUUUUUAAAGCGCACAAGUCGUUUUUUGAAGAAGAGGUUCCAGAUCCCUUGGCUCGUAUCUUGCGCGCACGUAAAUUUGCAGAUCUGUUGGACAAGGAUCACGUGAACUUGGUGAAGGAACAUAUGCGCCGUGCUUAUCAGCUGUUAGCACUGUAUGGUGAUGUGCAAAUAAUGUUGGCCAUAAGUGGUUCUGAAGAUUACAACGUGAUUUACCUAUCGCCUCUCCUUUCUUCCUUCUUCGCCGGUGUCGAGAAAAGUAAAGCUCUAGAAAUCACGAGGAAGACUAGAGCAAGGAGUGUCGUUAUCCGUCCCAAGCUCCCGCGAUCACGUAAUUCAGCUAUCGUAGAGGUGAAGGGAAGUGAACCUACGAUUCGCGCAGUAGAAGAAGAGCUCGACAGAAUGGAAAAACAGGCAUCACGUGACCGUGUAUCACUGAUGAGCGGCUGUUUCGUGGAAGAUGCUAGUGUUGUCUUAUAUGAAGAGAGUCGACAUGAAAAUGAUCUCGUCUCACUGACACCGUAUGAUGGGCCGUGUCAUCAGAAACAUGAUAACCUUGCGCGUCAUGUAGCCUCGGUAGUCAGUCGUACUUUCAACAACGAGUAUCCGCUCCGACGAUUCACAGAGAAAUUCUUCCAGCAACUUAAGGUAUGUCAACCUAUUACUAUUUGAUGUUCCCACAGAUCCCUCACAGCGAUAAAAAUUUAAUUAAGGAUCUAUUCAUAAGAAAUAUACUUGCUGAAAUCGCCUCCCGAUUAGCUCAAUUGGAUCAGCGCCGGCCGUCUUCUGAGCUGACGACCGCUGGUCGAUCAAACCCGGACCGGACCAAGACUCAGAGUCUUAAAAUAACUGGACUACGAGCAGUCUCUCUUUUUACUUGGUCCACAAAGCGACACGUGCGUGACUGAAGGCGCGAGACGGGAGAGGCACGAAAAAAGAGGAGACUACCACCAAAGCCAGAGAAAAUGGUCUUUCACAGUCUAUUGAUUUUUUUGCAGAAAACCGCAAUCUAAUUAACUGUAUCCAAUAUUGCAAAAGUGUUGACAAGCCAAGCACGUGAAAAGUGACCUAAGAGUUUGCUUGAACAACAACAGAGAUUUUCCUUCUCUUCUUUUUAACGCGUAGGUUAUUCAGUGCAUUAGAGUAAAUUUUAACCUAAUUGAGUCAGUCAAGAUCAUUCGUUGGGAGCCGAUUUUGUUCUUGAGAUAAGCGAGUCUUUGGACAGGACUAUACAGCGGUGUCCUGUAGUUAAUCCGUUGGCAAUUACUUUCGUUUUAGCUUUGAUAAAGAGUAUAAGAGUCUUCCAGUCUAUGCGACUUUCUGUUACAAGUUCUAAAGCAAGACUGCCGUUUUGGAACUAAAGCGUUCCUCGUCGGUUGCUACUAUGGUUAAGUCUUAGUGAAGAGAGGCUUUGAGCAUCUGGAUUGCAAUCACGUCACGUCCCGUGAUGAGACCUUCUAAUGCUUCUCUUUGCUUUGUAUGUAAUGUUUCUAUUUUCUAGAAACGUGACAAACACUCAGCAGUGCUUCAACCAUCAUCAUCUUGUCAACGUUUCCGAGUAUGGACAAUCUUUUGUCAACGCUUCAAGCCUCAGUCAAUCGUAUUUUGCUUUGUGAGGCCAAUGCGUAAUUCGUUUGUUCUGGCUAUGGAAGCAGUCUCUCUUUUUUCUAAUUGGGCUGCCGCUCUCGUUUCUCGCGUCUCGCGACCACGACGCUCGCGCGCGCGUGCACUUCCCUCACUAAAUCUGAAGAAAAAGAGAGACUGCUUGCAGUCUGAUUAAAUAUUUGGGGAGAAAGCGUUGCCUUCUUAAAGACAUCUUGCAAACAGUUAGACUUUCUAGUCUUCUCUGAUAAGAACAAUAAAUCGUAGGGCCCGUCUCACACCCCUUAUACGUUUUAAUUCUAUGGGACGUAUAAGAAGACACUGUUCGUAAAGAGUAAGAGAUCUAGUAGGUGGGUGGUCUAUCUUUCAUGGUGGGAGGUACUGUUACGGGCUCGCAGUUAUUGACGGUGUUGCGGUGACCCUCCCAAGAAUUGGCGAAUAUAACUAUAUAAUAGACAAACAAAAUAGAUUUAUCUAAGCUUACACUUAUAAACAUCUGAUAUCUAUCCAUGAGUUUAUUUAAAAUACGCUUAGUUUACGACGAAAAAGAAUUUAUCCUCGUGUUAUAUCACCAUUUCCAUGUGUUAUUUCAGGUAGUUGAAAGAGAUUUUGAUUCCCAGAUUCAUGGUCGUCUUGAAUUUGCUGUUCACUUUGGGCGAGUUUACUUGUUUAGUGUACCACACUUGUUGCUGGAAGACGGUGAGCCCAUCUCCAUUGCAAUGCUCAGGACGAACAAAAGGAAGACUGUUAAGCCAACCAGCGAGCCACAUGUGCUUCCUAGAGAAGUGUCCUUCGUCGACGAACAGGAGGAACGCGCUCGUAGAAGAAAACGACGACCAAAACAGACUAUUUCCUGUAAAAGCAACAGAAAAAAGCGAAAGCGCGGAAAUCCUUCGAGAAGCGCGUUUUACACUUCUGUUCAUUUCCCAGACAGCGUAAAGAAGUUUCUUCACAAAUAUAAAUUUUUUCCCGACAACAACGUGAUAGAGAAAUACACAGUGGAUAUUUGUCCAAGUACUGAAGAUAUUGAGUUUUAUGUUCGACUUGACAACCAACUUCGUUUCAUCGACAUCAAGUUUCCAAAUCUCCGCUGGUGUAUGGUUGAUUUAAAACGAACCUGGAAAGCAUGCUCAAAUCAUGACGUCAGGGAAGGUGCCCAAGCAGUUGGUGGCGUAAUGUACCCAAAAGGUCACGUGACCCAGUGUGACACUCGCGCGAGUGAUGACAUCAUCCUAGAUGGUUUGGAGACGGAUAUACGCUUUCUUUUGCACUCGCGUUAUGAAAUGUCGCAGCAAGACAUCCGGGAUACAAAGUAUGCGCAGUAUCAGCAUGUGCUUCGAUCGGGAAGUGAAAUGCAGUCUGAAAAGCCUUUUGUCGUCAAAGAAGAUCAGUGGAAAGAUGUUCGACUAAUUCGUUUCAUCAAAUCAACAAAAUUCAAACGAGAUUCAGCAAAAAGGGAUUUUAUGUCGAACUUGACGGUUUACCUUGACGAAGUAACGGAAUACUCGAGACCAUCUCAUCAAGUAGGCGUUUUCCAGAAAGAGAUCACUCGAUGGGAAUUGUCUAUAGAAGCAGCGCUUCCAGAAGAUCUAACCGAAAAAGAAACAGUCAAAAGAUUUUUGCAUGAACUCUGGGAAUAUUCGUUUUCCUUAUCUUCCUUUCUCUCGGCUUAAAACGAUUUCAAAUUUUUUGAUAAUUAUGUACGUUAAUCCUACAUUCUAAAAUUUUCAACUAUUUCGAGGUAUUCUCUUGUAUCUUCGAAAUUCAACAUCCAUGUUCCCUUGGGGGAGCAAGGGAACUUUGCCACCCAGUACUAGGGGAAAAGGAGUACCUUAAAGUUUUAGGGGACUAAAGAACGGUUGACCUUUUCUAGGAACAUUGCAAGGCCUUUUUCUUGGAAAACAUAUAACUUAAAAGUUAUCUAGGGAGCUGAAAAGGGAGAAAGUACUCUAAAAAAGUGUCUUCAAAUAUUCCCAAAUGAUUAUCCUAAAUAUAUUUCAAAAUGAUUUCGCCGCUUACUUAUUAUAUUUAUUGUCUUAGGUUAGGGAGGGAGCUCAUGUAAUGGGCCCGCACAGUUUCCUUUGAGCUUCCUAGCCGCAAAAAUACCUCUAAUUCUCACAACACUCAGUCUUACAGCCAUG